AUGACGUCAUCUCAACGAUAUUCAAUUCAAAAUACUUCACAACUUACAUAUAAUCUUUAUCAUAUUGUAGUAUCUAAAACAUUUUACUUCGCCUGCUUCAUUUCGGCUGAAAGCAGGACGAAUAAUGUUGAUCGACAAGAAGCAAGAAAAUUUCCAGAGUCAAUGCUUUUCGGUGUAGCCACCAGCUCAUACCAAGUUGAAGGAGGCUGGAAUGAAGACGGUAAAUCUGAAAGUAUAUGGGAUGAUAUAUCUCAUAGGGAACCCUGCAGGGUCGAUGAAUGCCACACUGGCGACGUGGCCGCCGAUUCCUAUCACAACUAUAAGCGUGAUGUGGAAAUGAUCAGAGAACUUGGUCUCGAUUUCUAUAGAUUUUCGAUAUCGUGGACGAGGAUCCUCCCCACUGGAUUUCCAGACAAAAUAAACGAGAAAGGAGCUCAGUACUACAAUAACUUAAUCAACGAACUACUAAAAUAUAACAUUCAACCAAUGGUCACACUUUAUCACUGGGACCUGCCUCAAAAGUUAGAAAAUCUUGGUGGUUGGAGCAAUUCUCUUAUAGUAGAUUGGUUUACUGAUUACAGCAGAAUAGCUUUCGAACUAUUUGGUGAUAGAGUAAAAUAUUGGUACACGAUAAAUGAACCAAUAGAAGUAUGCCAUGCAGCGUAUAAUAUUAUUUACAAUCAAUCCGGAUAUCCAGAUUAUCUGUGCGCCAAGAAUGUUUUGAUAUCUCAUGCGAAGGUCUACCACAUGUAUGAUAAGAUAUAUAGGCCUAAAUAUAACGGUACGAUUGGAAUUGUUUUGAGCACCCCGUGGUAUGAACCGGAUUCCGAACAAGAUGCAGAAGCUGCAGAAGAUGUCAUACAAUUUAAUUGGGGUAUCUACGCUAAUCCAAUAUUUUCAAAAAAGGGAGAUUUUCCCCAAAUAGUAAAAGAAAAGGUUGCGCUUAAAAGCCUAUCUCAAGGUUUCCGACGAUCGAGGCUACCCGAAUUCACUCCUGAGGAAAUCGAAUUAGUUAGGGGCAGCUCCGAUUUCUUCGGCGUCAAUCAUUAUACUACGUCGCUGGUGUAUAGAAAUGAAUCAGUUUACGGAUAUUAUAGCUCUCCCUCCUUCGACGACGAUAUGGAGGCUAUUAUUUAUCAAGAUAGCUCGUGGCCUGGGUCCGGGUUGUCAACACUUAAGGUGGUUCCAUGGGGUUUCUAUAAUCUACUGACUAAGAUUCGAGAAGACUACGAUAAUCCUCCCGUUUAUAUAAGUGAAAACGGUUUUCCCGCACAACUAGGUCUGAAUGAUGAUGACAGAGUGUCAUAUUACAGGCAGUAUCUUAAUAGGAUGCUAGACGUCAUAGAAGAAGGAUCAGAUAUCAGGUUGUACACUGCUUGGAGCUUGAUGGACAACUUUGAAUGGAUCAGUGGAUAUACGGUCAAGUUUGGCUUGUACGAAGUGGACUACGAAAGUCCAGAACGUACUCGCACGCCCCGAAAAUCUGCGUACGUCUACAAGGAAAUCGUUCGCACGCAUACACUCGACUUCGACUACGAACCUGACAUGAGCGUUCCCAUCGGUGAGCCAACUGUCCAAAAACAUCCAGCGCUAAAAUGGAGAUUUUACUUCGCCUGCUUCAUUUCGGUUGAAAGCAGGACGAAUAAUGUUGAUCGACAAGAAGCAAGAAAAUUUCCAGAAUCAAUGCUUUUCGGUGCAGCCACCAGCUCAUACCAAGUUGAAGGAGGCUGGAAUGAAGACGGUAAAUCUGAAAGUAUAUGGGAUGAUAUAUCUCAUAGGGAACCCUGCAGGGUCGAUGAAUGCCACACUGGCGACGUGGCCGCCGAUUCCUAUCACAACUAUAAGCGUGAUGUGGAAAUGAUCAGAGAACUUGGUCUCGAUUUCUAUAGAUUUUCGAUAUCGUGGCCGAGGAUCCUCCCCACUGGAUUACCAGACAAAAUAAACGAGAAAGGAGCUCAGUACUACAAUAACUUAAUCAACGAACUACUAAAAUAUAACAUUCAACCAAUGGUCACACUUUAUCACUGGGACCUGCCUCGAAAGUUAGAAAAUCUUGGUGGUUGGAGCAAUCCUCUUAUAGUAGAUUGGUUUACUGAUUACAGCAGAAUAGCUUUCGAACUAUUUGGUGAUAGAGUAAAAUAUUGGUACACGAUAAAUGAACCAACAGAAUGGGGCCUCUACGCUAAUCCUAUAUUUUCAAAAAAGGGAGAUUUUCCCCAAACAGUAAAAGAAAAGGUUGCGCUUAAAAGCCUAUCUGAAGGGUUCCAACGAUCGAGGCUACCCGAAUUCACUCCUGAGGAAAUCGAAUUAGUUAAGGGCAGCUCCGAUUUCUUUGGCGUUAAUCAUUAUUCUACGUCGCUGGUUUAUAGAAAUGACGAUAUGGAGGUUAUUAUUUAUCAAGAUAGCUCGUGGCCUGGGUUCGGGACGUCAACAUUUAAGAUGGUUCCAUGGGGUUUCUAUAAACUACUGACUAAGAUUCGAGAAGACUACGAUAAUCCUCCCAUUUAUAUAAGUGAAAACGGUUUGCCCUCACAAGUAGGACUGAAUGAUGAUGACAGAGUGUCAUAUUACAGGCAGUAUCUUAAUAGGAUGCUAGACGUCAUAGAAGAAGGAUCAGAUAUCAGGUUGUACACUGCUUGGAGCUUGAUGGACAACUUUGAAUGGUUCAGUGGAUAUACGGUCAAGUUUGGCUUGUACGAAGUGGACUACGAAAGUCCAGAACGUACUCGCACGCCCCGAAAGUCUGCGUACGUCUACAAGGAAAUCGUUCGCACGCAUACACUCGACUUCGACUACGAACCUGACAUGAGCGUUCCCAUCGGCAUUGAUGAGGGACAUUAAACUAAAAAUGUAUAUAAUAAAUAAAACGAGUGUGCUUUAAACCACACGACUGAAGUAAA